AAAAUGGCGCCUAUGCGCAAGUCACACCUAAACUAACCGCAACGCGACCCCAUCCCUAUCCGAGUCGUACGGCCAGAAAAUAACAGUGACUCUUCGUGCGCUGUGUCCUAGCCGCGCAAUUUAGCCGUUCCCCGCCUCUCCCAGACUCAGCUUCAAGAAUGUUGCUCAAAACCUAGACAAACAACCCCCCCCCUCUCUCUUUCUCUCCUCCUCUCUUCUUCUCUCUCUCUCUCCUUCCUCUCCUCCCUCUUUCUCCUCUCUCUCUCUCCCCUCUACUUUCUCUCUGUAUUUGCAGUUGCAGUUGGCUGUUGCUUCUGAAGGCUAAUCGUAUGCGUAUCAACCAGUCUCGUUGAAUUUACAGGUUCUGAAUUUCUACGAUUCUGUCAAAAUUUUGCACAAAUCUUUGCACUUAUAGGGUUUUGGUUAUUGGGUUGGUAUUGGAACUUCAAAGAACAAUGCUUUUGUGAUUGAAAACCAAUGUGCCAUUAGCUUGUAUAGUAGGAUAUGCUGCGGAUGUGAAUCUUGGUUAUAAAUGGGUGAUGUUGAAAUACCCAGUUGGCUCGAAGGGUUGCCAUUGGCACCCGUCUUCCGGCCGACGCAUACUGAAUUCGCAGACCCGAUUGCUUACAUAUCGAAAAUCGAGAAGGAAGCUAGUGGAUUUGGUAUUUGCAAGAUUAUCCCACCAUUGCCAAAACCCUCAAAAAGAUAUGUUUUUAGCAACUUGAAUAAGUCACUUUUGAAGUGUCCAGAAUUGGGUAGUGAUGUAAAUUCUUUAGAGGGUUGUUCUCCGAUGAGAACGGGUUCUGGGGAUGGUGGUAAUGAUGGGGAGGCUAGGGCAGUCUUUACCACAAGACACCAAGAAUUGGGUCAGAGUGUGAAAAAGGUGAAAGGGGCAGCAGUUCAGAAUCCGCCUUCGGGUGUUGAUAAGCAAGUGUGGCAAAGUGGAGAAAUUUAUACUUUGGAGCAGUUUGAAACUAAGUCUAGGGCUUUUGCAAGGAGCAUGCUAGGUUCAAUUAGGGAGGUUACCCCAUUGGGUAUAGAGGAAAUGUUUUGGAAGGCAGCUUCUGAGAAGCCAAUAUAUAUUGAGUAUGCAAAUGAUGUGCCCGGGUCUGCUUUUGAAGAGCCUGUGGGACAAUUCCGCUCUUCUCACAGGCGGAGGCGGAAGAGGAACUCCUACCAGAGAAGAAAUGAAAACUCUGAUAGCAAGAAAGGUGAAAUGAUCAGUAUCAGCGAAAGAAACUCCCAUAAUGAGGAAGUUAAGAAUGCUACUCGUAGGAAUGUUUCGGAUACAUGUUUAGAGGCAUCCAAAUCAUCUACUGCUCCAGAAAUAUUAUCAGCAGAUGAAACGCCCCAAUCAUCUAGGCAAAAAAAUCCAAAUUCAUGUUGUGAUAUGGAAGGUACUGCUGGUUGGAAGCUUUCAAACAGUCCUUGGAACUUACAAGUGAUUGCACGUUCACCUGGUUCACUUACUCGUUUCAUGCCCGAUGAUAUCCCGGGUGUUACUUCUCCUAUGGUUUACAUUGGCAUGUUGUUCAGUUGGUUUGCUUGGCACGUUGAAGAUCAUGAGCUUCACAGUAUGAAUUUUCUUCACACUGGAUCUUCAAAGACUUGGUAUUCUGUUCCAGGCGAUUAUGCAUUUGAUUUUGAGGAACUUAUUCGCACCGAGGCGUUUGGUAGUAAUCUUGACCGCCUAGCUGCUCUCUCACUAUUGGGCAAUAAAACAACUUUAAUUUCACCUGAGGCUGUUGUUGCAGCAGGGAUUCCUUGUUGCAGGUUAAUACAGAACUCUGGUGAAUUUGUUGUGACUUUUCCAAGGGCUUACCAUGUAGGAUUCAGCCACGGUUUUAACUGUGGGGAAGCUGCUAACUUUGGAACACCACAAUGGCUUAAAGUAGCUAAAGAAGCUGCAGUACGUAGAGCUGCUAUGAAUUACCUUCCUAUGCUCUCCCAUCAACAGCUGCUAUACCUCUUGACCAUGUCUUUUGUUUCGAGGGUGCCAAGGUCCCUACUACCAGGUGUGCGAAGUUCGCGUAGGAGAGAUCGGCAAAAGGAAGAAAAGGAGUUUUCAGUGAAGAAGGCUUUUAUUGAAGAUAUAGUAAAGGAAAACAAUGUGUUGUCUGUCCUUCUUGGAAAAGAAUCAAGUUACCACGCAGUAUUAUGGAACCAUGAUUUACUUCCAUAUACAAGUAAAGAUUCCGUAACACCCGGUGGUGGUGCUGCUGUUGAUAUGAAUCCAAAGGAAGAUGCUACCCAUAUUCAGUGUGGAAAUUACGAUAAUGAUCAGAAAGUGCUGAUUGACGAGAUGAGUUUGUAUAUGGAAAAUAUGAAUGAUUUGUAUUUGGGAAGUGAUGAUUUAUCACGGGACUUUCAAGUCGACUCAGGCACAUUGGCAUGCGUGGCUUGUGGUAUACUUGGGUUUCCAUUUAUGUCUGUCGUGCAACCAUCCGAGAAAGCAUCAAUGAAACUGCAAACUGAGAAUUUUACUGCUCAAGGUUCCCCUGGCAUUUCAGGACUUGAAAAUUCUCAUUUGUUUCCAGACUGUCAUGCAUCUGUCAUGGGAUUUGUUACAGAAGAGGACCUCGUUUCUGUUCCCAACUUUUUGCCACCUGCGAAAGAUCCCCUAAUUCCUUCCGCAGACAAUAUAAAAAAGGGUUGGAAUACUGUUAAUAAGUUUCUGAGACCAAGGAGUUUCUGCCUUGAGCACGCUGUGGAAAUUGUGGACCUGUUGCAGUGCAAAGGUGGAGCGAACAUGCUUGUAAUUUGCCAUUCUGACUAUCAGAAAAUAAAGGCCCCGGCUGCAGCAAUUGCAGAGGAGAUUGGUUGCUCUUUCAAUUAUAAUGAGGUUUCAUUGGAUAAUGCAUCACAGAAAGAUCUGAAUUUGAUAGAGCUUGCUGUUGAUGAUGAACGUGAUGAAUGUGGAGAAGACUGGACCUCAAAGUUGGGUAUCAACCUACACUACUGUGUCAAGGUCAGAAAGAAUUCGUCCUUGAAGCAAGUCCAGCAUGCAUUGACAUUGGGUGGUUUGUUCUCCAAACAAAGUCCCAGCUCAGAUUUUCUGGCCGUCAAAUGGCAAUCAAGAAGAUCUCGCUCUAAAAAGCUUAAUCAUCCAGUGGAUUAUAAACCAUGUGAGAACAUUGAGGAAAAGGAUGAAGUGGUGUGUGGAAGGUCAGAUGGGACCUCUUUUAAGAGGGAAGAAAAAAUAAUUCAAUAUUCAAGAAGGAAGUUGAAGCUUAAAGCAGGGAGUUCUACAGGAGUGGGUAGGGUCUGUGGGCACCCUGCUACAGGUGUUGGUGGUAAAGAUAGUAGAAUGGCAUCAGAAAGCAACAUUUGCAACAAUGGGAAUUCCACGAGCAGUUGUGCAAGAUUUGAUUCCUCUGCGUCAAGCGGAAUGUCUGAAAUGUAUCCUGUUGUCCAGAUGUCUGAAGCAACCAGGGAUAUCAGUUUGUACUCUACUCCUUCACAAGUUGUAGAUACACUUACCACUGCUACGUUAAUAGCUGGUAGUGUUGAGGCACAGGUUGAUAAUCACAGUUUUGAAGAAAGAAACAUGAACGGUGAAGGUUGUAAGUUUGCAUCAAGGAAUAUUUCUGAUGUGCAAGAUGAGAUAAGGAUACUUGAAGAAGCCAGUCAAGGAAAGUCUGCUACUCCACCUGUCAUUGCAGCUGAUGAAACGGUUCCAAUGCAAAUAGAGGAGCAGCAAAUGGAAAAAAUCAACAAUACCAGUGAAUUUUGUAAUCAAGUAUCGGAAGGGCAGUCCCAAGUUAUGGCUGGCGUAUCUGUUCUUGCUGAGACAACAAACUUAUGUGCUGCCAACUCAUUUGUUACAAGUUCUGAGCCACAGAUGGUGAAUACAGUCCUGGAGAAAUCUUGCAUAAGCAAUGAAGUUUGUGAUUCCAUGACUUCGGAUGAUGAAGUGCAGCAAGAAAUCGAAACUACCAACAGAAGUAAAGACAAGGCGCCAGUUCCAUGUAGUUCCCAUAAUGCUGAAGACUCAAAUGAUGAUGUAUCUUUAGUAUUCGAACUGGCAGAAGAAAUUAAGACUGCGAAAGGAGAAAAUGAGGAACCCAGUUUAAGUCCUCGAAGACAACUAAUUGAGCCCUCUCUUGCUUCGGUGGAAGGAACUUCUGGAGCUCCAAGAGAGCUCUGUGCUGCAGCAGAUUUUUGCCCUGGUACAAUUUCUCGCAGUGAAGAAUUUCUAACUGCAGAUAGGAGUGGGGGAGAACAUGUCUUGACUUCAGUGACACAAAUGGAAAUAAUUCAACCUUGUAUCUCAGUGGAAGAAUCUUCUGAAGUGCCAAGGGGAGGCUCUUCUAUGGAAGGCACAGAUGAUGGUGCGACUUCAGACACUGUAAUGCAGCAAGAAGUCCAGACUACAAAUGAAGCUAUAGAGGCACCCAUACUUAGUCUCAUCAUAGAAACAGAAAUGCAGGCCACACCUCGCUUGGUUGAAGAAUUUGAGGUUCCCAGAGUGACCUAUGAAACAAUAAACAUCAGUGGUUCUAUGGCCUUGGAUGAAGGGUGGAAAAAUCGUACUACAAAUGGUAGUGAGGAACUCAUUCCUAGUCGAGAUACUUCAAAAUGUCAACCAUCUCCUUCAAUCCAAACAUAUUCUAGAGCUAAAAGAAAGCCUCGUGCUGCUCCAGACUUACGCAAUGGUGGUAAGGUUUGCUUAUCUCUACAUGAUAAAGAAAUGGAAAACAUCGGGUCCUCAAAUGCUGUUGCACCAAGUCCUGAAAUGGGAAGAAAAAGAAAGAGAGAACUGGAGCAAAUAAUAGAUGAUAACCUCGAAUUCAAUGGAUUUAUUAGAGGGCCGUGUGAGGGGUUGAGACCAAGGGCUGGGAAAGAUGCAACUAGUACAAGUGGGAUGGACAAAAUCCAAGAAGAGGUGGAGGAGAAACCGGUGACAAAGAAGGUGAAGAAACCUUCAGAUGUUCCUGUUCCUCCUAAGAAGGAACACGCAAGGAAGUCUCACAGGUGCGACAUAGAAAGCUGCCGGAUGAGGUUUGCAACAAAGGCGGAGCUAAUGUUGCACAAGCGUAACCGCUGCCCCCAUGAAGGGUGUGGCAAGAGGUUCAGUUCUCACAAGUACGCAGUGAGUCACAGCCGUGUGCAUGACGAUGAUAGGCCCCUCAAGUGCCCGUGGAAAGGCUGCUCCAUGUCGUUCAAGUGGGCAUGGGCCCGCACUGAGCACAUUCGUGUGCACACCGGAGAGCGGCCAUACCAGUGCAAGGUUGAGGGAUGUGGCCUCUUCUUCAGGUUUGUAUCAGAUUAUAGCCGUCACCGCCGCAAAACAGGGCAUUAUGUGAGCUAACCUGCCAGGAAAUUUGGUGAGGUUGGCUUUUGUAACAUAUGUGGGCAUAAGCAGAAGGGGCUUAUGGGGUCAAAGAGGACUUCAGGAUCUCAUGUAACAAUUUUCUUGUUUUCUUGGUUAAAAUCUCGUGUAAUCUUUGGAUGUUGUGGUUAGGUGUAGGUGAGGAACGAACUAACUUUUCUGUAGAUUGCAGUUCACCAAAUUAUUUGAAUGCACUCAAAUAGUUUUAGGUCAUUA